AGCGCCGGGCCGGAGGGCGCGGGGCGGAGGGAUUCUCUCCGUGCCCGCGAACAAAGCGGGGAGUGGGGCCGGCGGCGCCCCCGGGGACAAAGACGGCUCCCUGCGAGCCGCGCACCUGCCUUCCCUUCCCUUCCCUUCCCUUCCCUUCCCUUCCCUUCCCUUCCCUUCCCUUCCCCGGGCAGCCUGCGCUGGCAGCGCCUGCCUCGGCAGAUGUAAUUGCUGGACCGAGAGCAAGGGCGCUGCAGAUGGGCUGAGCUCGCUUGCUCGCUCGCAGCGGGGUUUGCUAAAUUAUUUCCAUUUUGCCUUGAGCUCCCCAUUUUCCCUGCCGGUGUUUUGUUUCCUUGCUGAUUUAGGCUCUUGUUUUGAACGGCUUGCAAGUCUUACGGGGAGCUGUACAGCUGUAACUGGUAUUUUUAUAUGAAAGAAGAGCAGUCGAACAAUACUCCCGCAUCAGUGUGAAGUAAAAUUCGGGAGUUCUUACGGCACCGUGUUGAAGCUGACACAACGCAGAAAACAUUUCUGCUGCUUGUAGAGCCUUACCUCACCCAACAAAAUGAGAGUCAUGACAGUGCUGGAUGUGAGCUGCUGGUGUAGUGUUUGCUCUACUAGAAAAAAAAGAAAAGAAAAAAAAAAUCAACCCACCAAAACCCCACCCCCUCCUAUCCCAACCGAAAAUUACAAACUCCUCUCUUAUGUUCAGUUCCUACCCCCUCAUCACUCCCUCUUCCCCUCCCCCCAAAUAAGCCAAAUGCAUGAUAAGGUAAAGGAAAACUGAGUAGUACAGUUGUGUGAGUAGUUGUAUGAAACUGCUAUCCAGAAUUGCAGCUGAAAAUGCUGAGAUCUACAAGAAGAAACUACUGAAUUCAUGCCUCCUUUAUACCCUGUGCUCCAGUCCAGCAAAUAUUGCUGAAUUCAUAGUGUGUUCAGGCUUCUGGAGUAACAGUGAAUGAUGAAGUCAUAAAGGUUUUUAAUGACAUGAAAGUAAGGAAAUCUUCAACCCCAGAAGAGAUUAAAAAAAGAAAGAAAGCUGUUCUCUUCUGCUUAAGUGAUGACAAAAAACAAAUAAUUGUAGAGGAAUCAAAGCAGAUAUUGGUUGGUGACAUUGGUGAUACUGUGGAGGACCCCUAUACAGCCUUUGUGAAGUUGCUACCUUUGAAUGAUUGCCGAUACGCUUUGUAUGAUGCCACAUACGAGACAAAGGAAUCUAAGAAAGAAGACCUGGUAUUUAUAUUCUGGGCUCCUGAAAGUGCACCUUUAAAAAGCAAGAUGAUCUACGCAAGCUCUAAAGAUGCCAUUAAAAAGAAAUUUACAGGUAUUAAACAUGAGUGGCAAGUAAAUGGUUUGGAUGAUAUUAAGGACCGUUCAACACUUGGAGAGAAAUUGGGAGGCAACGUGGUAGUUUCACUUGAAGGAAAACCCUUAUAAAAAGACAGACAAGUGCCAUCUGGAUCUAAGGAGCUUCCAUUUCUGCAGCUCGUUCAAUUGGAAUAGCAUUAGUCUCCCCUUCCCCUCCCCUCCUCAAAAAAUAAGCCCCUUCCCCACUACCCUGAAGGAGAUGUCAUUGUUAAGCAGUCUACCAGUGAUUGCCAUUAGACUGUUUGAUCCUGGUAGUUUUAUGUAGGAUUCAAGGAAUGCUUUCACGUCAUACUCCUGGCCAAAACUGACGUUGCAGGCAUUCCUUGCAACAUGUUCAGUGAAUGUGAUAGUUAAUGUAAAUAGUCUAGCAGACAGCAAAGGGUAAGCUAAUUGAAUGCCUUGAAAGUAUUGUCCACUGGUCGGAUGGUAGACUCUCUACAGUAUUACUUACAGUUGCACUUGAUUGCAGUUCCAUGAGGCUCUUGUGCAUUCAUACACCUCACCUGCCUUGACAAGCCUAUUUUUGUGACAUGGCAGCACACAACACUAUGCAUUUAAAGCACUUUUUUGUAAUAUGUUUGACCCGCCCCCCUCCCCCAAGGAAUGCCAAUUAAGUUGCUGUAACUGUGUCAUCAGAUUAUUGUAGUACCUCAGUUUCAUUCCUGUUACAUGCAUAUCUUUAUAAAUGAAGUAGCUGUUACGAUGCCUUUUGUUUUCCAUUGAAUGUACACUACUGAACAGGAGUAGAAGUUAUCUGUUUACCAUAUGAGUCUUGAAACACUAAAGUUUUGUAAAACAUCAGUCAUGAUGGCAAUUUCUGUAUUAAAAAGAGCCUUAAAUGGAACAUUGUUUUUUGAGAUCAAAAACUGGCCACGUUGCAAUAAAACUUGUGGCUUAUUACAGAACGUUGCCUUGUUUUCAUUGGAAAUUACAGUUUUUAAGUGUUUGAGCAUAUUUCAAAUAACUUCUGUGGAAAGUAUUGUGAAGGUAAACAAUCAUUAAUCUCAUCUUGAAUAAUGCAAGUUUUUAAUAAUGAUUCAGGCACUGCUUUACAAUACUUUGUGGCUCUGUUCUGGCUGUUCAAUAAAGGGCCUGCUCCUAGUUUACUGCAAAGUAAAGAAGCUACCACUGUUGGAGACCAUUAGUUCCGUGAAACACUUGUGUCAGAAACUUAAAAAUACGACUCAAUUAACCAUGCAGUGUGUUUUGUACCUGAAUGUUCUUAAAGUUCUACAUGCCAGAGUAAAACCUUGCACGAGUUUUUACAGCCAGCCGUCUUUCUCAGUUAGAUGAUGUGUAAUGAGAGUUAAAUCCAGGAUAUGAAGCGGGGAAAUAAUUUUUGUUUCUUGAGUGUUGCAGUUAGACCAAGUCAGUACAAGAAUUAGCCUAAAUGAGCUGUUCUACUUGUUAGCUUCUAUGUAAAUAGAACUGGAAAGUGUUUGCCACUACUGAGGCUUGCAUAGGGGACGUGUUUUGGCUGGGAGCCAAAUAAUGCUCUCCUUAUAGAGAAUUUGAUCUGCUCUGUGUGAGCAAUCCUCCGUUAGCCAGAGCUAUUUAUGGCAAACACAUGCUUUUGUAUCUUGUCAUCGUUAUCCACAAAUGGCAAAACUGGACAUGAUUCUCCUGGUAUGCAUAAAGGAGCGCUGUUAGGCAGCCACUGGCAGCUGAACUGUACAUGCUGCAAGAAGGAAUGCUCUUUUAUCAUUACCUUAUUUUAAAAAGUUGGUAGAGUGGAAAUGCGGGCUCUCUAUGUUCAGUCCAUAGCCCUUUUUCAACAAGGAAGCAGAUAAUAAUCCAAAAACUUUUUUUCCCCCAGCAAUAGUUUAAGUAACCUACUGGUACUGAAUUUAGGCUCUCUUGUCCUGUAGAACUUUAAGACUUUAUUUCGGGCUUCUGGCUAUCCCUAUGACUUGCACAUCUCAUUGUGUUAGCUGUUCUCUGUAGACUAAACUUUACUAGAAUUUAAGUAAAAAGGCAUGAUGACCACUGACUUACUAAGUGUAAUAAUGAGUCUUGGUUUUGAUCUACAAAACUCUCCUUUCAGGUACCUUUUAAGAUUGCAAAGUAACUGAUGGUAUGCAUGUUGUCUAGAUGAAAAAAAAAAACCCCACAACUUUUUAUUCCUCAAAAUAGUCUAUUUCUGAUCAUUCUUGUUGUAUGCAAAGCCCAGUUUAAUGUAAAGAUCUUUGUGCUUUAUGUUUAACUUCAGUUCAGUACAGUAAAAUGAAAUUUCCUUUUAACUGAUUUUUCACAAGGAAUAAACUGUUUCUUUAGAAAAAGCCAAAAUGGAGAAUGUUAAAUUUUAAUAAACCAUUUGAAUUUUCAUUUUAGACAGUAAACUUUUUUUAAGGAGUACUGUGUUUAAAUUUAUUGUUUGUCUCUGCUGCAGUCCAGAAAAAUGUCUGUGGCUUCUUAGUUGAAUAUUACAGGUUCUUUUUUUAUUAUUUCUUUUUCCUGAAGCUAGCUUAGGUGUAUAUUCACUCAGUCCAACUAGCUAUGAAAUUGAAGCACAAACUGUCUUUUUGUAAGAUUCCUACCAAAUUAAAGUUUUGGAUCCAAAAGGAUCAGCCUGCCUUCAGUUUGUUCUUGAAAUGAAUGACUGACUGAUUGAUGCGAGGUCCAAUUCAGAUGGCUUACUUUUACAAAAGAACAAAACAAAACAAAAAAAACCCCAAACAAUAACACCACCACCAAAAAAAAUCAACAAAACCAACCAACCAACCAAAUAAACAAACAAACAAAAAAACAAACAAAAAGAACCCCACACCAAUAAAGUGCUACAGAACUGUUACUGUUUGAAUUAUAAAACAAAUGAAAGACAGCUGGCGUCUGUUCCAAAAUGGUUUGUCAGCUGUUGUUUUCUGUCAUUAUGCAAAAUGGUGAGGGCCUCAUUGUGAUCAAGAAGUGGAGGAAAAUCCUCUCAAGUUGAAUAUCUUCUGUGUAUCUCUGUGUAGAUGUGACUUUUGGAUAUCUUUGCUUCAAUUAUUUUAUUGAUAAAGAGAUGUUAAAUAAAUUUUUCAUGAGUAGCUUGUGCAGAAAUGGCAUUUUUCUUCCAUAAAGUAUUUCAAAGCCAGCAGUUUUGUUUGAUUUGGUAAAUCCUGGAAAAGGUAUAGAUAGAUGGGUUUGAUUUCUCUGAAAAGGGAAAUCAAUCCAAGACUAGAAUGUGUAAGCGAGGUUUACACUUGUGGCGAUUUUAGAAUUGCAAAGCUUAAAUUUAUAUGGACUUGAGUGUAAAAGUCACUCCUAGUCAGAUCAUGAAGUGGAGUUUGAGUAUGCUCAGUUAAAACCCAAAGAGUUUCACUAAGUGGAAAAGUUUCUCUGCUCUACCAUUCCCUCAGAACAGGCGAUGGAAUACAGCAAUUGCCACAACUUGAUAAUAAGCUUUACUCCUAUGCCAGUUCCAGUGUAAACCAAAUUUUCAUGUCUGCCUAUUUUUUAUAAACUUCUGUAAGUCCCCUUUAGUUUGUGGUGGUGAGUUAAUGAUUGUAGAGUGAAAACACGGCACUAAUGGUGGAUCAGAGAUCAUCAAUGUAGCACCUGUCUGAGUAUUGAAUUUCUUUGGAAUAUUUCUGAUUUUGAA